GGAAUAGAAUUGUGAUUUUUUUUUAAUAAAUAUAUCUCUCAAGAGAGUGAUGGAGGAUCGUGAAACUAACAGUCAGCCUCUCCUCGCCGCCACACCCUCACCGGAGGGACCUCAUCAUCAAAUCUCCGCCGCCGCUGCAAUUUUCAGCGCCGAAUCGUCUGACAUCCCUCUCAUCACCACUCCCAAAGAUUUCUUUACUCAAUUCUUCAUCGAGUCCAAGAAGCUCUGGUACCUCGCCGGUCCUGCCAUUUUCACCUCCAUUUCUCAAUACUCCCUCGGUGCCAUCACUCAGCUCCUCGCCGGUCAUGUCGGCACCCUCCAACUCGCCGCCGUCUCCGUCGAAAACUCCGUCAUCGCCGGCUUCUGCUUCGGCGUCAUGCUCGGGAUGGGGAGCGCGCUGGAGACGCUGUGCGGGCAAGCUUUCGGGGCGGGUCAGCUUGAUAUGUUAGGGAUUUACAUGCAGAGGUCAUGGGUGAUUCUGAACACGACGGCUCUGUUUCUGUGUCUAUUGUACAUCUUCGCGAGGCAAAUCCUGAGAGCGAUAGGGCAGAAGGCGGCGAUAUCGGAGGCGGCGGGCGUGUUCGCGGUGUGGAUGAUCCCGCAGCUGUUCGCUUACGCGAUGAACUUUCCAAUCCAGAAGUUCUUGCAGGCGCAGAGCAGGAUCAUGGUGAUGGCGUGGAUAUCGGCGGCGGCGCUGGUGGUUCACACGGUGAUGAGCUGGGCGCUGAUGCUGAAGGUGAAAUGGGGACUCGUCGGAGCAGCGAUCGUCCUGAACGCGUCGUGGUGGUUCAUCGUGCUGGGUCAACUGGCGUAUAUUUUUAGCGGAACGUGUGGGAGAGCUUGGAGUGGCUUUUCCAUCAAAGCCUUUCAGAAUCUGUGGGGUUUCGUUCGGCUUUCUCUGGCCUCCGCUGUCAUGCUCUGCUUGGAGGUGUGGUAUUUUAUGGCUCUGAUCUUGUUUGCUGGAUAUCUCAAGAACGCUGAAGUCUCCGUGGACGCCUUAUCUAUUUGCAUGAACAUAUUGGGUUGGACUGUGAUGGUCAGCUUCGGAAUGAACGCAGCCGUAAGUGUGAGAGUGUCCAAUGAACUGGGAGCAGCGCACCCAAGAACAGCCAAGUUUUCGCUGGUUGUGGCCAUAAUAACCUCGUUUCUGCUGGGACUUGUGAUGUCUCUUGUCCUCAUCGUCUUCCGGAAACAGUACCCAGCAUUGUUCUCGAGCGACACGCAAGUGCAAGAUCUGGUGGUGAAGCUCACACCCAUGUUGGCUUUCUGCAUCAUCAUCAACAACAUUCAGCCUGUUCUUUCCGGAGUCGCCAUUGGGGCAGGAUGGCAAACUGCUGUUGCUUACGUUAACAUCGCUUGUUAUUACCUUUUUGGUGUUCCUCUCGGUCUUGUUUUGGGUUACAUUCUCAAUCUUGGAGUCCUGGGGAUCUGGUCGGGAAUGUUGUCAGGGACCAUUUUACAGACAAUAGUUCUAUGCAUAAUGGUUUAUAAAACCAACUGGAACAAAGAGGCGUCACUUGCAGAAGAUAGGAUAAAGAAGUGGGGUGGGCACACUGAUUCAAAAGCAGGUGAAACUUGAAGGCGCAGAAAAUUCCUGCUUUGUGCAGAUUUUCUUUUUUUGGGAAAAAAAAUUAAUUGCUUUCAUUUGGAGGACGAGAAUACUCAGGAAUCAGGAUCCUCUAGUAAUUAUUGGAUUCCCAGCAUCUUAAAGGAAAAUUUUUCUCUCAUCAAUUUCAAAGAAAAUGGGUUCAUAAUUCGUCUCA